GCUACUAGCUGUCAAUCAAAUAGUCCCUUGCAGCUGUUCUCAGAUCAGUCAGUGUGAUUCCUAGACUACAGCAGAGGCUUUCCCCGAGCAGCUAGUUCAUCUGAGGUUUUUAUACAAGUAUAAAGAACAGCUAAGUACCACAGUUUUACAUUUUCCGCUUCGACUCGUCGUUGUGACAUGUCUCUGUUUAUGGAGGACCCAGCUCACUUCUCUAAAUCCAGACUGAAGUCAGAUCUCGUUGCCCACAAUGUCGUGUUGCCACCCACCAAGAGCAGAAAGGAGAUUUAUGUGGACUUGCAUUUAAAACACAUCGCUCAGAAAAACGCAGGGGAUUUUUCUAGCGACGAUGAGGAUCAAGAACAAGAUUUGGCAGACAAAGAGGAGGAGGAGGAUGCAGAGAUUCUGGUCCAGAGUUGCUUAACUGAUGAUGACCUCAAGGCUGCACUGCUUAAACAUGGGGUUAAAGCUGGGCCCAUAGUCGCCUCCACUAGAGCCUUGUAUGAGAAUAAGCUCAGGAGACUGCAACAGUCUGAAGGACAAGGCCAUGUAAACGGAGUAGAGAAAGGUGUAUUGUACUCUGACAGUGAAGAGGAGGAGGAACAAGAGGAUGGAGAGUCAGGUUCAGAAGGAGCAAACGAAGAAACCGCUGAACAGUCAAACCAAGCACAACAAGGGAGUAGCCAGAAUGGUGAUUUUGUUUACCCGCAGUGUUUUUUACUCUCAUCAAGGAUGCGGGCUCAUGCUACUAGAAAAAGGGAACCUAUUCCCAAGAGGAAUUCGCGGAAUGUGAUAAAAUCCUCCCAGCAGAGUCGGCAUCACUGCUCACAGAUUCCCGUAGGAAUUACUAAAGCAUCCUCUGUAGAUCAACGCUCGGGAUUAGGAUCAGGGUUUCCAUCUGGAACACAUUCAGCCGUGUCCAAUGGUGGCUCAUCAAUCUCCUCUCAGCAGUCCUUCAGCAUCACUGAAAUGGUUCAAGAGGUGGAGAGGCGGAAGUCACUCUCUUCUAGACCAAACACUGAGAGAGAGUUGAAUGGGAGCAAUGUGCAGGAACAUUGGUCGCGGUCCAACAGGCCGGACACUCCCAUUGUGGACACCAUGAAGAACCAGUCUCCGUACUACACUCCAAAGGAAUCCCCUUAUAAACUGAAAAUUAAGCCGUCUCAAGAGCCUGUGAAAGAUACAAUAAAGGAGAUGUUUUUAAACAUGGAAGCCUCACCCACAGGGAUCUGUGCCACUCGCCGGAGGCCUAUUAAAGGUGCAGCAGGGAGACCCGUCCAGUACAUUUACCCAGACACUCCCACCAGUCCCACCACCCUCGAGAGACGAGAGGUGGAGCGCCGCCUUGUGCCCAUCCAUAUACAGAUUUUGGUUUUCUUCAUUGUGGCUUGCCUACUUUAUAUGAUUUAUGUUUGUGUUGAGGAAAACUCAUUUAAUCCAUUUGUUGCCUUACUGGACAGUCCAGACCAGGGUUCAGAAAGUGAGGAAGGGCUUAUGCUUCAGGCUAAGACACAGGACACACCAGUUAUCUCUGGACAGGAGUAACUUAAAGCUUUCCUUAAUCCUGUACAUCGACAUACAGAUGUGAGGCUGUGGGGGGUAUGCAAACCAGGUUGAUCAGGUUCUAUGAUCUCUUCAGGGAGCACAUAUUGCUUUACUAUUGACUGUGUGUCUGUAUGGGAGCAAACCUCAAAGUCCAGCUUCAGAGUUUUAUAUAUUUUUGCUCAUAGAUGAUACCAAAGCGCUCUCUGUCAGUGUAGUUGGAAAAAUAAACCCUAUGUUCAGCAGAGACUUUAAAAUAUGUUCUUUAAGUUAUAAAUAAUAAAGUACAAUGCUAUUAUUCUUUUCUAUUUCCUAACCCAAAUUGUGUAGUUUUCAAUCAGUUAGUGUCACUGUACUUGUAUGUAUUUUUUUAAACAUUUCAACCAUGUUUCAAUAAAGGAUGUUUUGUUUCAUA